AUGGGUCACCUACUGCGUGAGAAUCCAGAUAAACCACUCGUUGUGAAAUGUGCGUAUCACACCCGUAACAAGAAAGUGUCUUUCGAGUCAGCCAAGAACUGUACAUAUGAGCUGCUCAGGGAGCGGGUGGAAAGGGGAUUCGCACUCUCCAUGCAGCCGUUCUCUAUCAAAUGGAAGGAUGACGACGACGAGGAGUCAUAUAUCACAACCGACAACGAGUUGACCGAAGCAAUCAAGUACUUCUAUCAAGGUGGAGACGACGACGCACCCAUAUCCUCUUCGGGCUCGAUCCUCUCGUAUCGUAGCGCAUCAAGUCGUAGGAUCACCCUUCACAUUCAGAUCGAAGUCGACUAUGACGGCCCCAGCUUGUCUGACAGCUCGUCCCUCGCUAGCACCGACGACUACCAGAAUCACAAUGGCAGCGUGUUCCCAUUGAUAUCCCGUCGCUUUCCCGCCCCUCCUCCCGAUGAUGAUGCGGCCACCGUCAGCUCUAAAGAUUUCGGCGGUCAGGAAGGUCGCCGAAAACCAGACAGUCUAUUCCGGAAGCUGUUCACAGGGCCUGGGCACUCCCCUGGUCGAUCGAAUUCCGGCUCCACUCUACAUUCGGCGUCAUCUCAAUCUGAAGAAAACUGGGACGUUCUUUCAGAGGUGCAGCCUGUGCAUCUGCCCGUUGAACCUUCGCAUGCUGCAGGUUCUGUAACGCGUUCUCCAUCUGUCGGAGAUGCUACCCACGACUCCACCGCUGUCCUAGAGCGUCUCAAACUCGAGGAUCAACCAUCAGAUCCAUCCUCCUAUGCGUUACCCACAAACCGGAGUGCCGCAUGGCUACAGGACCAGAGCAGACGAACGAUUAGGGCCACACUGGGCGGGCUGCCAUCACCUUCUGAAGAAGAUACGUUCUCCCUUGGUGACAUCUCCUUUAAAGUUGAUGACAGAGGAAAGCACUACUAUGAGUACAAAUCUAGUGCAUCCGAAGCAUCGCGCGAGUACGGACUGGACGAACCUCCAAUCACUGACGAUAAUUCUUCUGGAAGUAUACAGGAUCGUGCUCAUAGAGAUGGCGUAACGAUGGAUUACAAUUUCUUGCCAGCCGAGUCAUCUGUCCAACGUCCUUCUGAGACUGCAGUCUCUGGCCGACAGCUACCUCAAGCAUCUGGAUCGGAUUUGUUUGUACAUUCACACGAUUUGCAACUCGGAAACUUCAAUAUUCCACCUCAUCUACUAAUACCUGAAGAGGUCACUGAUUGCUCCGAGUGUGGGGCGAUCCUAGACUCCUUUCGGUAUGUCUGCGCGACUUGUGGUGAGAAGAAACCUUGUUCCCGGUCUGAGCUGGAAGCUGUUGCGGAGUCCGUGAAGGGGAAGUGGAAAGCGAUUACACCCCCGUUGGAGGGCGCGAUUAUGACAUAUCCUCCGCACGCACAUCGCAGUACACCGUCGUCGUCGUCGUCGUCUGCUACAGUAUCUCCUUUUGACGACAUCGAUGUGGAAGCGUUUCGGCAGAUGCAUUCUUCAUCCACUCUGAAACCACUUCCUGCGAUUCCCCAGACAUCAGCUCUGACUGAUGCCACUAGACCGUCACCUAACAUCUACGGACUUGGCCACCGCAGCAACUCUUCGACAUCGUCUUCUUCCACUCGUGUCGGGGGUUAUGAAUUGUGCUCCAUGUGCAUCCAGAAAUCUGGGAAUGAUCACUCGCUAUUAGCCGUUGGUGGUGAUGGUUCGUCCAAUAGUGGUGGAGAAAGUCCCUCUUCCCCAGAGGAUCUAUCAGCCUGGCGCCGAAGCGCCCCAAGACAGAAAGGUCAGAUGCGGCAUGCGUACCGAGAGAAGGUGUGGGGGUUUAGCGGCUGGGAAGACGUCGAGCAAGAUGACAGUCAGACGAGCAAGUGCUCGGCUUGCAGUUCCCUUAUCUACGGUCAUCGUUACAAAUGCGCCUCCUGUGUUUACACAUUGUGUCAGGCAUGUUUCAAUGAUGUACAUAAUAUACAUCCCGUCCACGCGUUCCUCAUGAUGCCAGAUAAAUUCAUGAGGUCGAACAGCGCCUCCGACUUAUUGGACGAUGCAUCGAUUGUAGAUGCUGCGGACGAGCCAUCCCUGAAACAUCCAGGUGUCAAGUGUUAUCACUGCAUGCAAGAUGUCGUUGGCGCACGCUUCCGAUGUAUAGACUGUACUAAUAUUGAAGUAGACAUCUGCUCCAACUGUGAAGCAGCCGGGCUACCGGGCAAUCUCGACUCGUCAGAUGGCGGUCACAUUUCUUCUCAUGUCAUGUUGAAGCUGCCGACCCCACUGAAGACUACGGAAGUCCAUUCUGUCUCGCGGCGUGCCCAAUGGCUGCGACACAGCCGCGACCAAGCUAACAUUCCCGGCUCGUUCUCCCGAUCGAGUCCCGGUAGCAUCUCUAACUAUGGGGGGACUGUGAUGGGAGACAAUUUGUCCAGCGCUUCGGUUCAAAGGUUGGACGAUCAUUUACUAUUCUGCGAUGGCUGCGGCCAGUCAAUUGUUGGCAUCCGAUAUCAGUGCGCUUCGUGUCCCUCAAAACCGGCAUCUUAUAACCUGUGCUCCUCGUGUGAGGAGAAAUCUUACAAGAUCCACGAUCCCUUUCAUAUAUUCCUCAAGCUCCCUCGCUUUGUUGACAACCCAGAACCCUUGCAGUCUCCCUAUCCCAUCAUACCCAAACUGUAUAAGGACCCUGCAGGCAGCACGACUGAUAACAUGUCUAGCGUGAGCAACCCAACCGCCUACCUGAAGGAUUUGCUGCAUAAAUCCGCACUGUGCGAUCGACACAUGACGCAAAUUAUCGGGAAGUGGUACCGGUGUGCAUACUGCGCAAAAGACCUUUGCUCAGACUGCGAGGAGAUCGAUGAGCACGACUUCACGCACGUCUUCAUUGUCUUCAAAGCACCGGUCGAUAUGCAGUUAUUCCGACAUUUUGCCAACCUUGACAACCCGGAUGACUCUCGACCCGUGUUGCGUGGACCGGUGUAUUUUCCAUAACAGUCUAUGUAACCCGUGGGAUAUAGUUGCAUGGAAUGAUAGUUUCUGUAUGUCUAGAUUUGCGGAUCAGAUUUGCGAUAUGUAGCAUUUGACAUCUGAGUGUAUUAGCAUGUACGGAUGAAAAUCAAGCAUAACCCAUGU